AUGUGUUCUAGACAUAAAUUAGAAAUUUUGACAAUAGAUUUAAAGUAAUCAACUGCUGAAGAGGAUAAAUACCUUUGUAUCAAGUGUCUAAUGGAGAAGAUUGAUAUAUAAAAUAUGGCUUUGGUUGAAGAGACUAAAACAAUGAUUAAACAAAUGAAAAAUGAACAAUUGAGUUAUAAACUCAAAGAAUAUUAAAGAAAGAUUGAGAAUUAUAGGGAAAUUCAAUCCUAAGUGAAAGAAUUGAAAAUGUCUAUUAAUAAUACUUUAGACAAAGUUUAAUGUAAUAUAGAUUAGAAAAUAACUUAAAUGGAAAAUGAAUUAGAGUAAUCAGAAUCAAAAAUCUAAGUGUCUUCUUUUGAAGAAGAUGUAACACUUUUAUCAAAGAAUUACAAAGGAUCAUUUAGUUUUGAAUUACCUAAAUAAUUGGAUAAAUCUAUAGAUGACAAUUCUUAUGUUGAUUCAAUCUAAUAGUAAUUGUAAUUCAUAAUUAAAUGUCCAAUUCUUAUUUAAAUUAAUCAAACCUUAGAAAAAACUAAAGUGGAAGAUGAACAUUCAGAAAUUAAAUAAUUAUAAUUAAAUUCUAAAAAGGAUGAAAACACAUAAGUAAUUA